CUAUAGUUAGACGACGAGUUUGUGGCUAUUUGUAGCUGUUGGUUUCCCCGAGACAAGUAGUAUCUGAUAGCUCACCCACUUUCAUAGCUAUAACCGAAAUGAACAGCUUUGCCACGACCAUCCAUGUCGCGUCGCGGCAGGACUUGACGCCGGUGUUGCCUCUGUACAAGAAAUGGCUGCCCUCGUCCCACCUCACCUUGAUUUCGCAGUGGGCGAAAGUGGCCAAGGUAGCGCUGGGCGUGUUCUGCACGUUCCUCCUUGUCGUGGACGUGUCCAGCAACAACUGGGAGCUGAUCGACUACGUCGGGGAUGCCAAGCACCUUCUCACGCCUCUCCUGGCCAUCGAUUCGGUCGACACUAUGCAGGAUCGGUUCACGUUCUGCGACGGCGGCGCGCCGUCCGAUGUGUCGCAGAUCGGCCAAUUCCACAUCAACAUUUCGUUGGCUCAAAUUCAAGCGAGGGACAGCAACACGUUCAUCCUGGGCACGACCAAGCACCUAAUCCAGGAUCGUGCCAAUGACAUUUGCGGCGAAAUAGUUCAAUCAUAUCCAAUUAAAGACCCCACUGCCAAGUCCGUCCGCCUUGGGACCGUCGACGACGACAUCACGUUUGCGCGAGGAACUGCUCUCACCCACUGGUUCGGCAACACACAGUCGUCGCCCCAAGCGACAGAUGGCAUGAAUGAGACGCAGUUAAGGGCACUCGGGUACGUUCCGGCGCGGCACAGCACGGACCUCCGCCUCAUGACCCCCCUCGUCCUCCCCCCGCCCGGCCAAGUGACAGCAGGCUCCGUCUCCAUGUACCGGUUCUUCAUGAAAGCGUUUUGCUCAGGGUGUGUGCCUGGCACGGAGCUCGGGCUGGACACGUGUGUGAUCGAGUAUUUAUACAACGACACGACGAACACUCUGGAGAUUACAUCGAGCCAAGCCAUCCUCGGGGGGAGCCACGAACUGGGGUUCAUCUUUCAACGUCGAGGGGGGCCCAUACUCGCGCUGUACGUUCGCUUCGUCAUGGUGCUGCUCGUCAUUGCCGUGUACACCACCAGUCAAAAGACCGUCCAGUGGGUGGACUUAACCCAGCAAACGCUGCCCCAACGCCUCCUUCGGUUGGUUGCCCCCCCUCUGUACCGCCAGCCCUGUUUCGUGUUUGACUUGAGCGACAUUUGCUUUAACAGCGACAUCUUUGUCGUGUUGUACUCGCUCACGGUGCUCGCAGACGAAGAGAUCAGCAUGGUGUAUUCCAGAGUGUUGAGCCACUGGUACACCAACAGCGGGUUGGAUCCGUGGCUGCAGCUGCGCCUCAUGUCUAUGACCGUCCGGUGGUUGUGGCUCAACUGCUUUUUGCUCAAAGCCGCCAAGUGGAUGUGGAACGUCGCCAGCAUAGUGCAGUACACUGGAGACAGCUCGGUCAUGGGCUGGCUCAACUUUAGCUCGGUCACGUGGUUGUACCUUGGCGUCCUCGUUUUGUUUGUACGCAACGAGUUCAUCGAGUUCAGCAACUCGGUGAUCAUGGACUUGAACCAUGCGACGCAAAACUUGGACGCAGUGUCCGUGUCGUUUCUGGACAGCUGGUACCUUCGAGCCAUGCCGGGGCUGGCGGUCGUGCUAGUCAUCAACGUAGUGGCCAUGUUGGCGCUGGAUCGAGCGGCGAAUCGGCGGUGGUGGCGAGUGUUCGUCAAGAGCUCUGUUGGAAGGCAGCUCAUGUUCAACUCGACGUCCAUCGUCGCCGAAGUGCGCGGGGACGUGGUGGAGCACCUCGGCUACACGGGCGUGACGAUGAAAGCCCGGGCGCUGGCGACCUUUCGCUGGUUCUUGUCGACCCAUUUGACCUGUUUCGGGCUUGCAGAACACCCCAAGGUCAUGCGAGGGCUCGGUGCGUUCAAGCCAAGGCGGAUCAGCGCCGACGACGGUACGUCCAGCGCCGAAACGGUUGACGACACGUCGUCGGGCAACUCGAGGCGCCGGGUUGGGUCGUCAACAUCGCAAGUGACAGAUGACCUGGUCCAGCCGUCGCCGUCGGAAAUCACCAUGACGCAGCAUCUGUACAUCCUCGUUCAAGAUCGAGAUGGCCACGUGCAUGUGAUCGACGGAGACAAGCGGGAGAUGCAAGCACUGAAUGUUGAAGUCAAGAUCUUAAGAGAUGCUAACGUGCUGUUGGGAUGAUCAUAAUUCCAAUGUCAAUAAGAUAAAGAUGAGUUGCAAAACCAC